ACCUCUUUAACUGGAAUCAACACUUCGAAGAAACUAGUAUCACCCACCAACAGCUCACAAAGUUCUCCUGCACCAGCACUAUCUCAGUCCCGCAUCUCCCUGUCCUGCCAAGCUUCAGAGCCUUCAGAUCGCGGAAGUUUUGCCUCUGCAUCUGCUUCAACCUCCCCAGAUUCCGCAUCUGAUUCCUCUUCUUCUUCGACUUCCUUGUCCUCUUCUUAUUCUUCCCUUUCCUCCUCAUCUCGCCUGAUUUACCGUCGGCGACAUCACUACGUCCCUUCGGGUCCGGUAGCUGUCUUGUGCCCAUCCAAACAGAGCUUGAGCUUGCCUGGCCUUCGACUUGAUUCAGCCAUUGAGCCUAUUAUCUCAGCUAUAGAAUCCAAAUCUUCCAAUCGGCCCAGCCGAGUUGAUUCAUCUGAUGCCAUAGAUGUUGGGAAAUCGGAUAAUUUGGCUUUUGGCAAGCAGGAGGCGGUUCCCACGACUGUAACCAAAAACCAGGACAAGAGAAAGGAUGAUGAUGACGACGACGACGACGACGAUUAUGAAGAGUGUAGAAAGACUGGGUUUGAAGCCGCUGUCGGUCACAGAAAGCGAACACCUGGGACGAGAUCACAUAGACCCGGCCGACGGUUUUUUGAAUUAAAAGAUCAAUCGGCAUCACUUAGCUCCAUAAAAUCUGUUAAGGAUAAAAACAUUCUUUUAGAUCCUAGUCGUCCCGCUUCUCGAACGGACAAGCUCUCAGAUCGCCAUUCCCAUCAUUUUAAUCGUAACCAUCAUCAUCAUCAACUCUUAGACCCACCUACAAUAGAUCGUCUCCAUAAAAGUAGUACAAGUAAUCAAACGGCCCAGGUGACAACAAACUUACAUGCUCCUAGGACUUAUCACCUACAAUCGCUGCCUACAGUAAAUCCAAACUCUGGUGAUGAAGCAGUUGCUAGUCAAAACAACCGAUCAGUUACUAACGAAAUUCCCAGAAAUUUUACUGCACAAGAGGAUAGAUGUUCAAGCUCAGGAAGACAGAGGGUCUCCACAAUUACUGUAUCUGUGUCAGCAGGGAAUGAGAAAGCAAAGGAGAAGAAAAAAAAGAGAAAAAGAAAACUCGAGGAAGAAAAUCUAGACUUAGCCUCAGCAUCCCAGUUACUUCGACCUAAACCAGCUUCGGUAGUGUUGACGGGUCUAGGAGUUGAGCCCCACUCUACUUCUGUUGGAGGUUUAUCCAGAGCUCAGUUGUUCACAGGACUUGGUAGUAGGCGGAAAGAAGCCGAUGGAGCAUCUGAAGUUGAAGAGGAUAUAGAGGAAGAAGAUUUAUCCGAUGAUGAAGAAGCGGAGGCCAAAUAUAUUAAAAGGGGGUCCAGACAGCGCAGCCGAAAACACAGACAACGUGAGAAAUCGAAGAAGCGCAGCAAACAGUCAAAUACAGCAACCAUGAAUGAGGUACGUUAUAUCCAGCAACAAGUUAUCUAG